GUUCACCGUGUUGUGUUGUGUUGUGUGGCUGUGAAUUGGAAUACUUAUCAGCGGUCUACCUGACAAACUCCGAGGUUAGAACGUAGCCUGAAGGUACGGGCACACCUGAACAAGCGAACUCACCUGCAGAGACGCUACCGUUGCUGUUUUUGUGGAGUAUGGGCUUGGAGAAAAACAACGGAUAAAAAGAGAAAGAAAACGGGAUAGGUAGAAGACCGAAACUACAGAGCUACAAAGUUUGUUGUUAGGUGGAGAAGGAGGGAGGGGAACAAUCCUUACCUUUUUGUUAUUUUUUUCCCAGCGGGAAGUUUUUUUAAGCACUUUUUUUUCUUCAUCAGUUUACUAGGAGUAUAUUGACUAGACGAAGACGACAGAUUAACCGUGAAAACCGACCAUGCCGCGAGCCUUCCUUGUAAAGAAGGCGAGAUACUCUCCCGGUAAGCGGAACUGGAGCGAGCUGCCAGACCACGAGCGCGGGUACGUCUAUAUCCCAGUGUCUGCAUUCCCCUUAUUGGAGGAGACUGAAGCCAGCCCAGCAGAGACCGCUCUCUGUCUCUCCACGACGACACGCUACGAAUACACCAAACGCACAGAAUCACUCCUGCGUGACGUGCACAGCGUGAUGACCCCUAGAGCGGAGCUGCCCUCGUGCACGGUGCUGGGUAGACCCCAAAGCCCGGGUCAGGGGUUAGAGGUCAAGAGGAGGGCACAGAGCAGUCCCUACGUCCGCUCCAAAAUCAAGGUGACCACAGGUGAGCUACCCAGUGAGAUUCCAAAACCUCCCCAGCCUUCCGUCCCCGAAAUCACCACCACACCUGUUGCCUUGACGACGUCCGCUACUGUCCCGGUCUCCACAGUAACGAGGUCAGGGACAGGUGCUCAGGCGACGUUCGUGUGCCAGGUAUGUCAAAUAACCUCCUCUCUCACCAUCCCCCCUCUCUCCACUCUCCAUGUCUAA